AUAACUCGAUUGUUUCGCGAGUCCAUGAAUCACACAGCGACACGCCGCCGAGAGCCGCGGGGGCGCUCGACUCCGGUUGCCGGGUGUCCGCUUGUUGACUCUCCAGGGCUGCUGGGGCGAGAGACGGGGACCGGACUCGUGAGACGUGUCUGUAUUACAUCAUGGUGAAGCUCCGCAAAAGUCUUCUGAAAAGUCAGAAUGAAUGGUAGAAAGAUGUUGAGGCGACAGUUCUGUAGCGGUUAACAUAGUGUUCCAUUUAGUUCCCCUGGCUACACGUUGAAAGUCCCUAGUAGCAAGAAAAAUGUUUAAGCAGGGAGAAGGUGCAAAACGUCGGCUGAACUUGCACUCGUCAGGCCGGGUCAGAAGUGUGGAAGUAGCCAGAGGAAGAGCAGGGUAUGGAUUCACCCUGUCUGGACAAGCCCCUUGUAUUUUGAGCUGCAUUCUGAAAGGAAGCCCAGCGGACUAUGUUGGGUUGAGAGCAGGAGAUCAGAUCCUGAGUGUCAAUGACAUUAAUGUGUCUAAAGCAUCACAUGAAGAUGUGGUAAAACUAAUUGGAAGGUGUUCUGGAGUUUUGCAUUUGGUAAUAGCAGAAGGUAACAACCAUGUGGACUCCUGCUCAAGUGAUGAAGAACUUGGUUUCCAUGAAACCAAAAACUGGAUAAAGCCAAAGAUUGACUCUAAAACCUUGGGCAUCAACAGAGCUGAGAGAGUUGUGGCAGAGAUGCAGUCUGGAGGGAUUUUCAACAUGAUUUUUGAGAACUCUAGCCAUUCAUCCAGCAGCUCUGAGAAGCCUGCAGUGAAGCCAAGGCCAUUGUCUGAACCGGACUUCACUUACAGAAGCAGGCAUGGCAGUGCAAAAAGCAACCCAGACCUGCUUUCAGAAGAAGAAAUGGCAAAAGUACUGAAUGAUGAUACAGUAUUUGUAGAUGUAUUUGAAAAUCAAGAUGAUUUUGCGUUAGAUGCUAGCAUUCUCAAUGUUGGAAUGAUUGUUGGAUACCUAGGCUCUAUUGAACUGGCUUCCACAAGUGCCAACCUCGAAAGUGACAGUCUGCAGGCUAUACGUGGAUGUAUGAGACGCCUCAGGGCUGAACAGAAGAUUCACUCUCUGGUAAUGAUGAAAAUAAUGCAUGACAGCAUUCAGCUUUGUAAUGACAAAGGUUCCAUAAUUGCUACAUACCCAGCUGAGAAAUUAGCUUUUAGUGCUGUGUGUCCUGAUGACAGGAGGUUCUUUGGAUUGGUCACCAUGCAAGUUACUGAUGAUCAUAGCUUGACUAAAGAGGAAGAGAGUGGAUUGAGGACCUCCUGUCAUGUCUUUAUUGUGGACCCGGAGCUCUGUCAUCAUAAGGUUCAUCAAGGCAUUGCAAGACGGUUUAACUUUGAAUGUACUCCAGAUCCUGACAUAAAUGGCUGCUUGGAAUUCCCCCCAACAUCACAGCCUCUCUUGCAGUUUGUCUCUGUUCUCUACCGUGACAUGGGGGAGUCAAUUGAAGGAAUGCGGGCCCGAGCCUUUCUUGAUGGAGAUAUUGAUGCCCAGCAGAAUAACAGCACCAGCAGCAACAGUGACAGUGGGAUUGGAAAUUUCCUUCCCGAAGAGAAAAGCAAUAGGGUUCUCUUAGUUGACUUGGGAAGCAACCCAAGUAGGCAUAUCCCCAACGGUCUGUGGGAAAAUCCUCCGUCCCGGAAUUCAAACCAGGCUGCGUCAAGUUGGAAUGGCUAUCGCUAUGAACAGGAUGGAAAGUAUCAUGUUGAGGUUUCCCAUCCUGAAUCUUCUCAAAUUCCUGGGCGACAUUUAGGUCCUUCUGCAAGGAUCGAAGUCCCUGUCCAGCCAUCCAGGCCUCAUUACUCUCAUGGCAAAAAAGCAGGCGCAGGAGCAGCUGCCCAUGCCGGAAGUCAGCGCUGGCUUCCUGUUCACGUUUUGCGAGAUUGGCAACAUGGCAGUACCAGCGACCAAGAGUCCUAUGCUGAAUCCACAGACGGCUGGUCAAGUGCUAACUGCAGCACUCUUCCUCCUCCAAUGAGCAAAAUCCCAGCUGACAGAUAUAGGGUAGCAGGGGAAAUAGGGCAGCCUUCUCGACUAGCAACUCAGAAGGAUGAAUGGACCAAAAAGUUGUUUGGUCCCGAGAAAGUGUUUGGAGAUCAGCAGAGUGGGAAAAGAAACAAAGAGGCAGAAAAAAAGAACUCCAAGUUUCGAGGGAUCUCAAUGGGAUUUCCACAAAUGCCACAGAGAUCAUCUGGAAGAAGAUCGUUUGGAAGAUCAAAACGAUUCAGUCUUGCGCGAUCUUUGGAUGAUCUUGAGUCUGCAGCUGUCUCUGACGGGGAGUUGAACAGUGUAGACUUGAAGGGGUGUGGCAGUGAAAACAGCCUGAACAGCAAUGCAAGUCUUCCGAGUGUCCAGAGCCACCGGAGACACACCGAGAGGCGUGUGGCGAGCUGGGCUGUCUGUUUCGAACGACUUCUGCAGGACCGUGUUGGUGUCAGGUAUUUCUCGGAAUUUCUUAAGAAGGAAUUUAGUGAAGAAAAUAUUUUAUUCUGGCAGGCCUGUGAAUUUUUCAGCCAUGUUCCAGAAAAUGACAAAAAGCAGCUUUCACAGAGAGCCAGGGAGAUCUAUAACAGUUUCUUAUCCAGCAAGGCCACAACCCCAGUUAAUAUUGAUAGCCAGGCCCAGCUGGCUGAUGACAUCCUAAACGCACCACGUCCAGAUAUGUUUAAGGAACAGCAGCUUCAGAUCUUCAACCUGAUGAAGUUCGAUAGCUAUACCAGGUUCCUCAAGUCCUCAUUGUACCAGGAGUGCAUGCUGGCGGAAGUGGAAGGCCGACCCCUGCCAGACCCCUGCCAGGUGCCGGGCAGCCCGGCUUCUAAGCGUAGCGUUGGCUCGGACCGGCCCAACUCCUCUACCCCAAAACAGGAAGGAAAGAAACCUAAGUCUGGGAGAUCAUUAAAUGAAGACUACAAAGAAGAACAUGCUGAUAAAAAAAGAGGAAUAUUCUUUUCCUGGUCCCGGAACAGGAGUUUUGGAAAGGGACCUAAAAAGAGAGAGAUUGGUGAAAUCAAUAAUGAUUUCUCGGGCAGUAAUGGGAGACGGGAAUCACAAGGGUCUUUGUCCUCCGGUGCUAGCCUGGAUCUGGGCACCUCCAGUUCCAUGGCAAAGAAUGAGAAUGAUGCCUCUGUGUCGGUCUCUGAGAAGGAGAGGUCUCUCAAGCAGUGCAAUAUUAAUCUCCCAGAUGGCUCGUCUUGUGCUGUCCCUAUCCGCCCGGGAAUCUCCAUCAGGGAGCUGCUUCUGGGGCUCUGUGAGAAGCUCUGCAUUAACUUAGCUGCUGUGGACCUCUUUUUGGUUGGAGGUGAAAAGCCUCUUGUACUGGACCAAGACUGCAUGACCCUGAGUUCACGAGAUUUAAGACUAGAAAAACGCACUUUGUUCAGAUUGGAUCUUGUACCUAUCAACAGAUCUGUUGGAUUGAAAGCCAAACCAACAAAACCAGUCACAGAGGUUUUGCGUCCUGUAGUAGCGAAGUAUGGCUUACAUUUAAGCGACUUGGUGGCCAGAAUUAGUGGAGAGAAGGAACCUUUGGACCUUGGUGUUCCUAUAUCAAGUCUUGAUGGACUGAGAGUAGUCCUGGAUGUAGCAGAUCAUGCUACUGGUAAAGACAAAUCAAAAAGUGUUCCUGUAAAACAAUCUCAUGCCCCACCUUUAACUACCAGAAGUCAUUCAACAACAGGAGAUGAAAAACCCUCAGGAAAAUCCUCUUCUGUGAAAGCCAGAGUGGAAACUGGAAAGGCUUCCAGGGAGGCACGGCAGUUGAGAAAAGAAGAAUCAGUUGAUAAACUGGGAAAGAGAAAACAGAAAAAGAUUAAUAUAGAUGAAGCUGAAGAAUUCUUCGAACUCAUAUCCAAAGCCCAAAGCAACAGAGCGAACGACCAGCGAGGUCUGCUGAAUAAGAAAGACUUAGUGCUGCCCGAUUUUCUCCGCCUCGCUCCAGAGCCUGCAUGCUCCACCCCAGCGUCCCACAAAACAGGCCACGGGAAUGCGAGGGAACCUGGGGGCACGGAAGCCACUGACAGCUCUUCACGCACGGCCCAGAAUAACCGAUCGGUGGAUUCCACUUUCAACUGCGGUGAAUAUUCAGGUCCCGCUAAGUCUUCAUCGGGGCAACACCGACAAGCUUUGAUGCCGCCCAAUGGCCACAAACCCGAAAAGAAAGAAAACGCCCCUUUCAGCUCCCCACUUUCUCCCAUUCUCCACGCUCCAGACACAGGGGGCCCUCAGUGGGAGACGAGAGCCUCGGACUGGAAAACCGACACAAUACAGACAGUCGAUGAUGAGAACAUAGCGGACUUGACCUUAGUUGGAGAGGGAGAUAUCACCAGUCCAAACAGUACUCUUUUGCCACCCUCUCCAUUACCGCCGUCUCGUCUAAGCAGCCGGGCCGACCCCAGCUUCGCCCCACCAGCUCCAUGUGACAAGAGCGAGGAAACCUAUGUUCUCAUCCAUUCAAGCUCAGGCAGAGUGAAGGGAGAAAGGGAGAGUUUGCAGACUCCAGGGAACUGCCACAAGGGAUCGCCUGCUGUGGGUCCAUCGGCAGACCAAGGACCUGUGGCGUCUCCUCUGCCAGUGAACAGAAUUAUUGAUGUGGAUGGCGUGAGGCUCGAGGACGCCUCGCCAACAACCGGCGAGGACAAGGAGCUGAACCUCAGCUUCGAGGGAUAUGUUUCUGAACUGAGGUCCUGUCAAGGCAGAAUGAGGACUGGUGUGUACAAAACAUCUGACCUUCCUUCUCUGAUAACGGUGAAGACUGAUAAGAACAAAGCUGCUGAAAACCAGUACAAGGCCACCUUUGUCUAAAUACCGUACUUGGGAAACAAAUGCUUGUUUAUGGCUGCUUAGUUUACGUCUGGUGGUCAUCUGCAGUAGAUGCUGGGCUUCCCAGUAUCUAAGGCAUGAACAUCAGAAAUAAUUAAUAUGUGUAAAUAGCUUGAUGAUUAGUAUUAAAUAAUUCUGAUUAUACUGGAUGUCAAACAUUUUUUAUGUAACAUUGACUAUAUUUAGGAAACUUCUUUGUUUUAUUUUUGUUUUUUGUUCUCACUUGCAUUAGUAAAGGCCAAGGUGUAGUAUUUUAGUCAAUGUUAAAAUAUAUGAAUGAAUGUACUGUAUGGGGCAAGUAGGGAAAAUUUAUUUGUGAAAUUAAUCUAUGAUAUGCAUCUUUCAAAGAUGCAUUAAUCCAUUUGGCAUUUACCAUAAUAAAACAUUAAUGUAAUAUUUAAACCUUUAGAUAAGAGAUUUCUUUAAUUUUCAAUUAAUCUUAAAAUACUGUACAGUAUAAGUAGUAGGAAGCAGGUGUACCCAUAUUUUAGCUGAGUGCGUUAUACACAAGAAGAGAUGUUUACGAGGCUGUCUUUAGGUCGGGUCUUUAGAAUGCAGUGCAGCACAACUAGUUUUUCAGCACAGGGCUCGUGUUUAAACCUGUAUUUUUAAUGAGCGAUAUUUCAGGCCCAACAACAGCAAUACAUUGUCAAACAGUAUUACAAAGAUUAAACUCUCUUUGAGCUUUGUGCUAAACAGAACAAGGAUAAGCAUUAAGAUAUAUCAGCUGACAGUAGUCCCAAACAAUACCUUGUUCAGUCUAUAUAUAUUGCAAUAUUUAGACAUAUGUAGCUAAUUAUAUAUUCCAUUACAUCGCAUUCCAUAUUUUUGCAUUAACUGUCAUAGGACCAUAAGUCACACUGAUGGAGUUUCAGAUUACAACUUUAUCAGCAAGCCAGCAAGUGACUGUUUAGAAAAUAAACUUUCAAUAUCUCAAUGCAUUACCCUAAGCAUAUUUUAGGAUUAAACAGUGUUGGAGGACAUAAGAAUGGAAUAGUUGUGAUGUAAAACCUGUUAUUUUGAACUGCACAGCAAUCAACAAACUCUUAGGCUUUCCAUUACACAUUUUCCAAAUGCCAACUGCAGGUGAUAGCAGUAUCAGUUUUAUUUUGAAUCAAAGCUAUUGUCUAGUGGUCUAUAACAAGUGUUAUAUAAACACCACGUAUAUCUGCUAUUCCCUUAAAAUGUGCUGUCUGUACAUGUUCAAAAGAAUAGUGUAGGAACUACUGUAACUAUUGCUUUUCUAAGAGUUUGCUGAUGAAAUGUAAUAAAUGCACUAAUAUUGUAAAACUAAAUUAUUUUUUUUCUUGAAAAAUUGAAAACAUUGUACACAGUACAAUAUACACAGUACACAGUAAAGUGCUAUUAGUCCCCGGUAUAGUGUUGUCAAAUAUUGCUGUCUGAGGAACAUUUUCAAAGUAUGUGGAUGUAGAAUACGGUGUACAUCACUGUCUGCUUGUAGAGAGAUAUCAGGACCCUCUGUUAAAUUUCACAGAAUUAGCAAGUGUUUGUUGAUGAACAAGCAACAUUAUUUCAAGAUGUAGCACUUACCUGUACACCUAUCAGUACUAAGCAAAUAAGCUUUUAAGAUGCAAAGAUUUCUGUGCAUUGUUAAAAAUCAUUACAAUAACUGUAUAUUUCAUUUUACAUAUGCUGCAAAAUAUAAAGUAUGCAUAGGUAUCAAUUAGAACAUAUAAAUAAUGCUGAACAAUUUCAUUAUUGUUUUCAGUUGUUAUUAAAAAAUUGCUUUACGAAAUCGUUAAGAUGAUAUCAUUGUGCAAUGUUGAAAUAUCUGGGGUAUGGUUUUAGAGGUUUGUAUUAGAGAACCCCUGUGAGCAAAAGCAUGGCAAAGACAUGCACUGAAAAUAAGAGCUGAGCAUUAAUGGUGGUAAUCUCUUCUUUCACUGAUUCUGCACCAAACAUGUGCUAGCUGUUCUGCCAGGUGCCAACUCAUUAAACAACUUGCGCACAUUCUAAAAAGCACAAAACAAAUCAGAGAAAUAGUGUUUUACGGGAAAACAGAUGCUAAUGCUUAAAUAUAAUACUGUAGUCUUUCUUUAAUUAUCAGACAUUUAUCAUAUCUGUCAAGAGAUUUAAAACAGAAUGGGAUAUUGGCUUAUACUGAACUUGUUUAUUAUUCUUGAACACCUAAAAAGAGGGUUGAUCCUGGGAAAUCUGGAACGACUUACCCUCAGGGAGACUGCACUGGCUUUAUCCAAAUCUGUACAUACUGUAAAUACCUUCAAUACAUAAAAUAAAAUGGGUAAAAGGUAAAUGACAUGGCCCUUAUAAGAAAUAAAAUACAACAAUAGUAUUCUGAAAAAAAGAUUAAUGUACAAAAAUUACUGUAUGGAUAAUUAUGACUGUCCUUUGAACUUGGCCUAGUUUGGAUGUUAUCAAUCCAGAAAUCUUGUGAAAAUCUUGUCACCAUUUUAUGGAAAAAAAACACAGUCUUAGUCACUCCUGAAUGAGUUAGCGAGUAAAGUUUAAGAGUGUAGGUUCAGCCCUGGAGGCCAAACAUUGCCAUUUCCAUUCUGUGCUAUGUGUUCAGAGAGCUGUGGUCAGGACUCCCAAGCUGUCGAGUACAACCAGCUACAGUAAGUGGUAGAGGUUGUGGGUGGUCUGGGCAGUCACCCUUGUGACUCCUGGGGCCUGCUGGCAAUGUAGAGCUUGCAGUGACAUUAGUGAACCUCUCUAGUGCUUAGUAGAGUUAUAGAAGUAAACCUGAGUUGUCCUAAUUAGAUAGAAAAUAGAAAACAUCCCAUGCAACAUCUCUAGAAAGCCAUUUUACUCCCUUCACAGCUUCCAAUGCAUUUAGGAGGAUACACCAUUAUUUAAUUGCGAUAGUUUACAUUACUGCUCUAAACACACAAAACAUGAAAUGGAGAUCAAGCUUUUUUAUUUUAUGGGAGAAAUAGAAAUAGUACACUUUUCACAUCGAUUCAGAAACUUUUACAGUGUAUAAACUACAUUUGCAGUUCAAAUCUUAGAUGUUCUGUAUUUAAUAUCAAAAUGCCAUACAGUAUUACCAGUUGUUACUGUCUGUGCUGUUUUUGGCUUUAGGCUUUCUCUGUAUCAUGGAGUUCCUCUGCAUUUUUGUGUAUGAUACUGUACUGCACAUAUUACCACUAAUAAAAACAGAUGCUAGGAUAAGAUGUCAAAUGAUACAUUUAAUGUUCUAUAUUAAACUAAUUAAAUG